CCCCUCCCUUCUCGCCACUCUCCCUCAUUGACAUUUCCACUCGGCUACGGAUCUAAAGCUUGGGCACAUUUGUUCUAUCGGAGGUCCAUGCGUGAAACAACCUGGGAGGGUGAAAAAAGAAGAAGCGAAUUUACACGAACAGAAAACGCUUGGACACACCUGCUGCUUGGAUAUCCCCUCCGUCUCCUUUUCCUCUCCAGCACCCUUUUGGAAACUAAUUUUUUUUUUUCACACGGCCUCUCGCUCCUUCACUUCCACGAGAGAAGACCGGUCAUCACCGUGGUUUUUUUUCCUCCCUUAUUUUUUUUCUUUCUCUGUGUGGGCCGUGGACAACACGCUGCAUAAUUUGGUUUUGACAGCGACAGGAUGCCCCAAAAAGGGAGGCAUUAAGUAGUGAAAACGGCAGAUGAUUGACUAAAUUGUAAUACAGUGGACAGUCAACUCUGUUUCCAGGCAAGUUUAAAAUACAAAUACAAACAUACAACACCAACGAGGAUGCUAAACUUAAACUGCACUAAACAACUAAAUUUUUUAAAAAGGAAGGAGAUGACAGAAACCUAUUUAGAAAAUGUGUGUUGUGUGUGUGGCUUUAUUUUUAUUUUAUUUUCUUGGAGUGUGAUGCUAACCUAUUUUUAUGAUUUUCCCUGUGACGCUCAGAGUACCACAAUCAAGCCACGUGGGAGUCUGGCGUAGCCUCAAUGAUGCAGAACAAGGUGUAUGACAUCUGUGAUGAAGGUCACAGCGGCGUCAACCAGCUCGGCGGCGUGUUCGUAAACGGCAGACCGCUGCCGGACUCCACCAGGCAGAAAAUUGUAGAACUCGCCCACAGCGGUGCUCGACCCUGCGACAUCUCCCGAAUACUACAGACCCAUGAUGAAGUCCAAGUGGUGGACAGUGAAAAGGUGUCCAACGGCUGCGUGAGCAAAAUUCUGGGCCGCUACUAUGAGACCGGCUCCAUAAGACCGCGGGCCAUCGGCGGGAGCAAGCCCCGGGUCGCCACGCCGGAAGUGGUUGCCAAGAUCGCGCAGUACAAGCGAGAGUGUCCGUCAAUCUUCGCCUGGGAGAUCCGCGACCGUCUUUUAUCGGAGGGCAUCUGCACCAACGACAACAUACCCAGUGUGUCAUCGAUAAACCGAGUCCUCCGCAACCUGGCGAGUGAGAAGCAACAGAUGGGCGCAGAUGGCAUGUAUGACAAGCUGAGGAUGCUCAACGGUCAGACAGGAAGUUGGGGGACCCGGCCCGGCUGGUACCCCGGAACAUCGGUGCCGGGCCAGCCCAAUCAAGACGGCUGCCAGCCGCAAGACGGCGUCGGAGAAAACACAAAUUCCAUCAGCUCAAACGGCGAGGACUCGGAGGAGACUCAGAUGCGCCUGCAGCUCAAGAGGAAGCUGCAGAGAAACCGCACCUCCUUCACGCAGGAGCAGAUCGAGGCGCUGGAGAAAGAAUUUGAGAGAACUCAUUACCCAGACGUAUUUGCACGAGAGAGACUAGCGGCCAAAAUUGACCUCCCAGAAGCAAGAAUACAAGUGUGGUUCUCCAACAGGAGAGCAAAGUGGAGGCGGGAGGAGAAGCUUCGCAACCAGCGUCGACAGGCCAGCAACUCUUCCAGUCACAUUCCCAUCAGCAGCAGCUUCAGCACCAGCGUGUACCAGGCCAUCCCGCAGCCCACCACACCUGUGUCGUUCACCUCGGGGUCCAUGUUGGGCCGAGCCGACUCAGCCCUCACCAACACUUACAGCGCACUGCCCCCAAUGCCCAGCUUCACCAUGGCCAACAAUCUACCUAUGCAACCCAGCCAGACCUCCUCCUAUUCCUGCAUGCUGCCUACCAGUCCGCCUGUGAACGGGCGCAGCUACGAAACAUACACGCCCCCGCAUAUGCAGGCACAUAUGAACAGCCAAUCAAUGACCGCUUCUGGUACCACCUCAACAGGACUCAUCUCUCCUGGAGUGUCUGUCCCAGUGCAAGUCCCCGGGAGCGAGCCUGACAUGUCUCAGUACUGGUCUCGACUACAGUAGAGAGAAGAGCUACUUCACCUUGUGAGCUCCAACGCGGACCUCCUCAUACACACACUCCACACACACAUAUACACAGAAGAGGAGGUGAAUGGGGACUUGCGUAGCUCCGGGCACAUUCAAACGAGGACAGGAUAAAAAAAAGACAAAUGGACCUCUGUAAAAGUGCCCAGUGUUACAUUUUUAUGGAACAAACAAACAAAAAAAAAAGAAAGAUUUUUUUUUUUUUUUUUUUUUUUUUUUUUUACAAUUUCCAGUCAUUGUUUCCUCUUUUCUUUCUGGUGUGUUAGUAAAUGGCCAUUUGUAUGUGAAUAUGAACGAUCAAGUGCUGAUAGAUGGACUACUAGGAAACCAUGUUGUCGACACUCUGCCAUGACUAUCUUUUAAUGUGCUUAUAUCCAGACGCUCUGUGCAUGGACGCUGUUGCAUAUCAUGACUGGAGGGAAGACCCUUUGAAAAACUAUUUAUUGUCCCCACGAGGAAAGAGGCUGCAGUCCAACACACACAUGCACACACACAGAUUGCUUUGUAAAGCAAUCCAACUGGGACCUCUGCCGCAUCUCGCGAGGACCAAUGUGGAAGCCUGUAGUCUGUAAAUGGUAGACUGCGUCUUUGCUCUAAUUUCUUUUGUUUCUUGUCCAAAUGUAAAGUACUUGUCUUCCCUCAAGAGAGAGAAUGAGAGAGAGAAAAUUCUCCAAUAAAAGUUGAUUUCAUUUACAACCCCUUCCUCCUCCCCCCCACCAAGAAUAUUCUAUAAAUGUUCCAUGCAUCAUCAUAAAGUACAUUCUUUAGGGUCAGGUACAAUUUGUCUCUUAGCUAUAGUUGUAAUAUAGUGUCCUAUGGUCAAAAAACUGUGUGCGACUAGAAAUAUUUAAUUCUUAUAAUUAUGAUUAAACAUUGCUUGACAGAGUUUUAAACUUAAGUGUUUGGCAGUUGUUUACAAGUACAUAUCAGAUUUAAUCAUUGUUGAUUGUAAAACAGACCAAAGCCUUUGUAUUUCAUCUAGUACACAAUGUUUUUUUUCUAAAAGAUAUUAGUCUUGUGUUGCAACAUUUUGUAAACACGUCUUGGGUUCGACGACAUCGGCUUCGAGUUUGUACAACUGCGGCAGAGCCCCGCGGUCCUUAUUUAUAAUUGAAGACCAUGGGAGGUUUUUUUUUUUCCUCGCAUCAUCUAUCAUGCUCUUUUACUUUUGUUCUAUUUUAUUUUCAUGUCGGUGUGUAUG